AUGUUGAAUUGCGCGGUCGGCAUGAACAACAAGAACAUGCUCAAAUCGCCCAGCAUGGGCGGACUGCAAAAGUGGUUCGCUGGGCUUGUGCUUGGCCUGGUGGACGCCAUUUUCAAGUCCCCGAUCUUAGACUUUAUCUUCGCGAGGUUUGCGACGGCCGAGAAC